GACGCUGGCACCAGUUCCAGUAAAAAUGAAAAAGAAGACAAGAAGAACAAGAAGACAAGAACCCAUGAUGGCAGGGGUCUACAACAACAAACCAGCAACUCCUACAAUGUAUGUGUUUAGUGAUAUUGGUGAGGACAAAGGGGAGCAAGAGAAGAAAGAGAUGGAUUUAGUGAUUGGAAGGCAGCAUCCAACCACAUUUCCCAACAGUUCUCAACCAAGUCACUCCUCGCCACAGGCCCUUGAUGAUGUUAUCAGUAGCAUCCAGCCAUUACCGACAUCAACUCUACCAUCACUGCAUCGAGCAAGAAGGGUCAGAGAGGACGGACCUGGGGCCUAUGCUGUGGCUGGGAUCAGACCGAUAUUUCAUCGCCCAAGAAGUAGGCGAUUGACUGGAAGGAUUCCUGACAUGGAAGCGCGGGGACUGGAAUUGGUGCCUACGUCUCAAAGUGACAGAGACCACAAUAAUGGUCUUAUUCAUGCUGAUAUCAGCAAUCUGUUGGCCUUCAAUUUCACUAGACAUAACAGUGAAGAAUCAACGAGCAAUGAUGCUGGUCUUAUUCAUGCUGACCCAGUUGAUGACUUAGAAAAUGGGGAGAUUCCAAUGGCAGAGCCAAUAACAACAAGGGCAAAGAGACUAUGGAAGAGGAAACUAUUCUUGUUUCUUUCCCUGGAAACAAUGGUUGCACUAGUGCUUGUUUUGAUUAUUCUUGUGGCAUUUCUUCUUGCUCGAAAAUCAAGUAAUCAAGCUCAGUCAGCAAAGCAGCAAAAUGGAGUGAUUCCAAUACAAGAAUAUCCAGGGACAACAGCUUCAAUCACACAAUCACCAAUAUCGCUACCGGUAUGGGAAAGACUAAAUCUACCUGACUACACAAUCAGGGCAAUGGAAAAUCCUAGGUCUCCACAGACCAAGGCAUAUCAAUGGCUAAGCAGCAAUAUCAACAAAUCCAACAAUACACAACAUCUCCCUUUAUGGAGACUAAAGCAAAGGUUUGCUCUGGCCACACUUUAUUAUUCAACACGGGGGGACUAUUGGGUGAAACAUCAAGGCUGGUUAGAUUGGGACUCCAAUGAGUGCAACUGGGAACAGCUACGAUGGUCGGAUUCACAAGAUCGAGAGGUGGCUUGUAAUGACAAUGGGCAACUCCUUUCAUUGGAGUUUGCAUAUGCCAACAACUUGGACGGGAAAAUGCCGCCAGAAAUAUCCCUGCUUUGUGAUAGCUUGGAAAGUCUUUUGUUAUCUUGGAACCUCCAGCUCAAAGGAAAUAUACCAACGGAGGUUGGGCUGAUGACAAGGCUGACAGCCUUGGGGUUUAGCGCAACUCACUUGUCUGGAACACUCCCAACAGAACUAGGUCGGCUACGAAGCUUGGAGAAUCUAAUAAUCGCACACAGCAAGCUUGAUGGGACUUUACCAACUGAGCUGGGGAACCUAAGCAACCUGAAAGUUCUGGUUUCUGCUCAAGCGAAUAUCUCUGGGUCAAUACCCACUGAGAUUCUUCGAAUGUCGAACCUGAAGACCUUGAGUUUCUCAGAGUUCCCUCUAUUGGAUACAGAAUUUUUCCUCCAUCAGGUAGUUGGAAACCUGCACAAUUUGGAGUUGCUAAGUCUAGCUGGUCGGAAAAUUGGGGGCUUCACUUCAAUCCCAUCUGAGAUUGGAAGGCUGACCAAUCUGCGAAGCAUAGGAAUUACAGACUUUCAACUCAAUGGCACAAUUCCAAGUGAGAUGGGAUUGUUGACAAAGUUAGCCUACUUGACCUUGCAGAGGAACUCAAUCUCAGGCGCUUUACCAGAAGAGUUAUCAAAGAUGUCAGAGUUAAGGUUGUUGAACAUCCAAACCAACCAAUUAGAAGGCAGACCUCUGGAACAAGGUGGCCUCCACCAACUCACCAAGCUACAGCAGUUGCAUAUCAAUGACAACCUUUUCUCAGGCUCUCUUCCCACCGAAGUUGGUUUGUUGUCUAGCCUUGAGAUCCUCGAACUGCAAAGCACGAAAAUAUCUGGGACCCUUCCCACACAGCUAUUUUUGUUGGACAAUUUGACCAGCCUGGUAGUCAUGAACACAUCCUUGACAGGCAGCAUCUCUGAUGGAUUAUGUGGUGUAUUACUCUCGCCACAUGAAAUGAACUAUUUUGGUGGGAAUGUCUAUGCUGUUCCAACGAGCAACCUGUCAGUCUGCUAUGGCACUAGUCUAUGUGGCUGUACUUGUGAGAAUUGCUCAAAAGCAUGACAUCAUGAAUAUUACUCAUUUGAUUUGCCAACUAUUCGCCAGACAUGGCGCUGCAAUGCCAGCGAUGCAUCAAGAGUGGUGAAACCAAGGGCAAAUGCUUUGUCAGUUGAAGGCAAAGAACUUCGAGCUGGCUAGAGCAAAGUGCGCUCCCCCAUUCAACCAACCAAAGUUACAGCACUUCAUGAUCGUGAGCAGAGUACCAGCGUAGGCCAGCUGGUUCAAGGUGAACAGACUGUCAUGGACCACCGUCAGCGGUUCAGCAGUUCUGCCUUAUCCUGGUUCUAGCUUCUUGACUUUGCCGUGUCUGAUUCAAGCGAGACUAGACAGGCAAGAGCUUCCCCCGAGCAGGAACAACGGUCCAAGGAGAAGGGAAUGAAACAGGGCGCCUGCCAGGAGUAAAAACUAAGCGCUAGCUAAUUCACUUGACCUCGCA